AUGAUCAAAAUCCUGCGCUCAGCCAUGUCCAUCCUCGCCGAGUCCAUGACCAUUCCUCCAGCCCAGGUGCCGCGCGUGCCUAUCCCGCCAAAUGGCGUCGACUACCGCGGGAAAAUCGUUCUCGCCCCGAUGGUUCGGUCGGGCGAGCUACCCUCGCGCCUGCUCGCCCUGAAAUACGGCGCCGACCUUGUCUGGGGCCCUGAGACCAUCGACCGCUCGAUCAUCGGUGCCACGCGCCGUGUCAACGCGCGCAACGGAACCAUAGAAUUCACCCGCAUGCCCUCGAAUGGCGGCCGUGUCGACCACGCCUCGAGAGAAUCCGUCAUCUAUCGCAUCGAUCCCGUGCGGGAGAAGGGCAAGCUCGUCUUCCAGAUGGGCACUGCCUGUCCUGAUCUUGCCGUGCAGGCUGCAAAGACCGUGGCCGGGGAUGUGUGGGGCAUCGAUGUCAACUCGGGCUGCCCCAAGCCCUUCAGCACCAGCGGCGGCAUGGGUGCCGCGCUGCUACGCACCCCCGACAAACUCGUUUCGAUUCUCGAAGCUCUCGUCCGCGAGGUCGGCGAGCCCUAUAAGAUCGGCAUCUCCGUCAAAAUUCGCAUCCUCGAGACCCCCGAACUCACCGAGGCCCUCGUUUCCCGCCUCGUCCGCACCGGCAUCACCGGCCUGACCGUCCACUGCCGCACAACUCCCAUGCGGCCCCGCGAGCGGGCCAUCCGCCACCAGCUCCGUAUGGUCGCAGAUGUGUGUCACAAAGCCGGCGUGGCGUGUGUGAUGAACGGCGACGUAACCUCGCGCGACCACGGCCUGAAGCUAAUGGAGGAGUUCGGCGUGGACGGCGCCAUGAUCGCCGUUGCGGCGGAAGCCAACUCUUCCUGCUUCCGCUCCGAGGCCGACGGCGGUCUCGCACCCUGGCGGGAUGUCGUCUACGAAUAUCUGAAGUUCUGCAUAGAGAGCGAGAAUCGCUUCGGCAACACCAAGUACCUGCUCAACAUGCUAAUUCCCGGCAAGAAAAAGGAGUUCGGGGAAGCCAAGCAGUCCAAAACAUACACUGAUGUCUGCCGGCGCCUGAAAUUCGACGACCUCAUUCCCCUCGCGCUUCAAGCGGAUGAGAUUCUCGAGCUUACGCAUCGGCAGGAGCUUGGUGAGGGACAAACCAGCUCCAAGGCAAUCCAGCACGCCAAGGAGAACAAUGAAUCUGCUCGUGCCGCUGGCGGUGGGAGCACCAGGCCCCCCAAGUCGAACUUGUCCGCCGCGCAUAAUGUUGGUCCCAUCCGCACCUCGUCUUUCCCGCAGCCGGCUAAAGCAGAUAAGCCUGCAUUCGAGCAGGUCACCACCGUUGAUCCGUCGAUUCCCGCUGCAGAGCAUGCCCAGCAGCCUAGUGUUGCAGCAUAA